GAGGCGGCUGCCGAGGAGGAGGAAGAGGAGGUAGAAGUAGCUGCGGUCGCUGCCUCACCCCGCCGCCAAAAUGCCGCGGAUUAUGAUCAAGGGAGGCGUUUGGAGGAACACCGAGGAUGAAAUCCUUAAAGCGGCUGUUAUGAAAUAUGGCAAAAACCAGUGGUCUCGAAUUGCCUCCCUGCUGCACAGAAAAUCCGCAAAGCAAUGCAAAGCCAGAUGGUACGAGUGGUUGGAUCCGAGCAUCAAGAAGACAGAGUGGUCACGCGAAGAGGAGGAGAAAUUACUGCAUCUGGCCAAGCUGAUGCCCACUCAGUGGAGAACCAUCGCCCCAAUAAUCGGCCGGACAGCUGCCCAGUGUCUGGAGCAUUACGAGUUCCUUCUGGAUAAAGCUGCUCAGAGAGACAAUGAGGAAGAAACAGCGGAUGAUCCCCGAAAACUGAAACCUGGAGAAAUUGAUCCAAAUCCAGAAACUAAACCUGCCCGGCCUGAUCCUAUUGAUAUGGAUGAAGAUGAGCUAGAGAUGCUUUCUGAAGCUAGAGCUCGGCUCGCCAACACCCAGGGGAAAAAGGCCAAGAGGAAAGCAAGAGAGAAGCAGUUGGAAGAAGCUAGGCGCCUGGCGGCCCUUCAGAAAAGAAGAGAACUGCGAGCUGCUGGGAUUGAAAUUCAGAAGAAAAGGAAAAAGAAAAGAGGAGUGGACUACAACGCAGAAAUCCCAUUUGAAAAAAAGCCCGCGCCUGGCUUCUAUGAUACGUCUGAGGAAAACUACCAGGCCCUGGAUGCUGACUUCAGGAAAUUACGCCAACAAGAUCUAGACGGAGAGUUGAGAUCGGAAAAGGAAGGAAGGGAUCGGAAGAAAGACAAACAACAUUUGAAAAGAAAGAAGGAGUCAGAUUUGCCAUCCGCUAUUCUACAGACCAGCGGAGUGUCGGAAUUUACCAAAAAGAGGAGCAAAUUGGUACUUCCUGCACCUCAGAUUUCAGACACAGAACUGGAAGAAGUAGUAAAAGUGGGCCAAGCAAGUGAAAUUGCGCGGCAAACAGCUGAGGAAUCCGGCAUCACAAAUUCAGCUUCCAGUACCCUUCUGUCCGAAUAUAACGUCACGAACAAUAGCGUUGCUCUUCGAACACCCAAAACCCCAGCUGCACAGGAUAGAAUCCUGCAGGAAGCCCAGAAUUUGAUGGCUCUCACCAAUGUGGACACUCCACUGAAAGGCGGUCUUAAUACUCCCCUGCAUGAAAGUGACUUCUCUGGUGUGACUCCGCAGCGCCAGAUAGUGCAGACGCCAAAUACCGUCCUGUCUACCCCCUUCAGGACUCCUUCUCAUGGAGCAGAAGGCCUGACUCCCCGGGGAGGAAUGACACCUAAACCAGUAGUCGGGACUACCCCGGGCAGAACUCCUCUGCGGGACAAACUGAACAUAAAUCCUGAAGAGGGGAUGGCCGAUUACAGCGAUCCCUCUUAUGCAAAGCAAAUGGAGAGAGAAUCCCGAGAACACCUCCGUAUGGGGUUGAUGGGCCUUCCUGCCCCGAAGAAUGACUUUGAAAUUGUUUUACCGGAAAACGCCGAAAAAGAGUUAGAAGACCAUGAAGUCGAUGACACUUACGUAGAAGAUGCGGCCGAUGUAGAUGCUCGCAAGCAGGCUAUCAGAGAUGCCGAGCGAGUAAAAGAGCUAAAGAGGCUACACAAAGCUGUUCAGAAAGAUCUGCCCCGGCCCUCAGAAGUCAAUGAAACUAUCCUAAGACCCCUAAAUGUGGAACCACCUCUAACAGACUUACAGAAAAGUGAAGAACUAAUUAAAAAGGAGAUGAUCACAAUGCUUCAUUACGAUCUCCUACACCACCCUUAUGGAGACCAGGCUGCCGGUAAAAAAGGGAAAAACGUAGGAUUCGGAACCAACAGCACAGAGCACGUAACUUACCUGGAAAGCACUCCCUAUGAAAAAUUCUCCAAAGAGGAUCUCAGGAAGGCACAAGACCUCCUGGCCCAGGAAAUGGAAGUGGUGAAGCAAGGAAUGAGCCAUGGGGAGCUCUCAAAUGAAGCCUAUAACCAAGUAUGGGAGGAAUGUUACAGCCAGGUUUUAUAUCUCCCUGGACAGAGCCGCUACACACGAGCCAACCUGGCUAGCAAGAAGGACAGAAUUGAAUCAUUUGAGAAGAGAUUAGAGAUAAACCGGGGCCACAUGACAACGGAAGCUAAAAGGGCUGCCAAGAUGGAGAAGAAAAUGAAAAUUUUGCUGGGUGGUUAUCAGUCUCGAGCAAUGGGACUCAUGAAACAGCUGAAUGACUUAUGGGAUCAAAUAGAACAAGCUCACUUGGAAUUGCGAACAUUUGAGGAGCUCAAGAAACAUGAAGACUCCGCGAUUCCGAGGAGGCUGGAGUGUCUAAAGGAAGAUGUCCAGCGGCAACAGGAGAGAGAAAAGGAGCUCCAGCAAAGGUUUGCGGACUUUAUGCUGGAUAAAGAGACUUUUCAGUCGAAAUUUUGAAGCACCAGACUUUUCAUAUCGGUACCUAAUCCUUCCAGUGCAUGGAGGUCACCAUACACCUGAAAACAAAAACAAACAAAAAAACCACAAUUAAGCACUGGAGGUAAACUAUUGGUCGCGCUGUAUUUUGCUUAUUUUAAUGAAUUGUCAACGUCUCACAUUCUGCUUGUAAAGCCCUGCAUCCAGUUUUUGUUUCUUGAUGUAAAAUUUAAGGAACCAUUCUGAAAUCUACAUCAAUAAAAUUAGUUUAACUCCAUAUUCUUUA